UAGUAGUCGGUCAGUUGCCACGACGCUCAGUUCAGAUACAGGUGGACAGUUGGACAGGUGGUUGAUGCAGAUAAUGGCCGAGAUACGUCCACUCAGCGCUGAGUUGCGCCGCAUUGCCGAAACGGAGCUGAACGAGGUGGAGGAACGUAUUCCGGCGGAUUUGCAAGCUCUACGAGAUUGGCUGGCAAAGCAGCCGCAUCUCAAGUGUCGCCAGGAUGAUCAGUUCCUCAUUGCCUUUCUGCGUGGCUGCAAAUUCAGCCUGGAGAAGGCCAAGUCUAAGCUGGAUCACUUCUACACCAUCAAGACAAUGAUGCCGGAGUUGUUCGCUAAUCGACAAAUGGAUGAACGAAACAUUGCCUUGUGUCGCACAGGCACAUUUGUAAGUUUACCCAAACCUUUUGGACCAGGCGGACCACGCAUACAUCUGACCAAUUAUUCCAAAUUCGAUUCGAAAGUGUUCAAGGUGUUUGACCUCUUCAAGUAUCAAGCACUAUUGUUGGAGCGUCAGGUGCGCGAGGAUGACAAUAGCAUCAUCAGUGGCUAUAUUGAGAUUCUCGAUUUGUCCAGCUUGAGUCUUAGUCUUCUGGCUCAAUUUGACCUUUCGCUCAUCAAAAAAAUGGGCGUGUUUGCCGAGAAGGCGCAACCGACGCGUAUUAAGGGUAUUCAUUUCAUCAACUGUCCCAAGGAAGCAGCCACAGUGCUUAACUUGGCCAAGAGUCUUAUGCCCGCCAAACUGCAAAAUCGAUUCUAUGUAUACAAGAAUCUGGAGAAACUUUACGAGGUUAUACCACGCGAAUUUCUGCCCGAGGAAUACGGCGGCAGUAAUGGACGUAUAGCUGACAUUGUAGUCAAGAUGGAACAAGAUUUGAUCGGCUAUAACGAUUACUUGAAGGAGGACAGCCAGUACGGAGUUAACGAGCAACUACGUCCCGGCAAGCGAAUGAAUCCCGACACUCUCUUCGGCAUUGAGGGAUCCUUUCGCAAAUUGGACAUUGAUUAAAUUAGAACUAAACUAAAAUUGAGUGGAAAAUCCAGCGAUUGACUAGUGUAUGAAAAUAAACAAAUUAAAAAACUAACAGAACUC